AUGCCCCAGUUUAUCGCUGCUAUCAGCCCCUUCCCCUCCCGCCAUUUAUUUAUUGUGAUGGAAAAGAGGCUGCAUGGUGAAGUCAAUAUGGCGUCAAGAGCUGGCCUAACUUUUACGAAGGCUGCAACAAGCUUUUCUCAGCGUCUGCUAAGUGCUGGAAGACAAUCAUUUUGCCUUGAUUGUAUUGGCAAAAGACUUUUGAGUACUUCUUCAAAAGAUGUAAUGAACAUAUUUGAUAGAAAAACGAAAAGGCAUCAGAGGAAUGUUGCUGCAAGACUGGAGAACCAUCAUGUUUACGACUAUUUGAAAGACGAGGUAGCACACAGAUUGGUUGAUAGACUCUAUGAUAUCUCUAGGUUUUUUCCUGUAGCUCUUGAUUUGGGAUGUGGAAAGGGUCAUUUAUCAAAGCAUCUGACUAAAGAAGAUGUUGGAAUUCUACAUCAGACUGACAUGUCUCAAGGAAUGUUGGACAGAUGUACAGAUCAGGAAGUCUCUGUUGUAUCAAUUUUGGCAGAUGAAGAAGAUUUACCAUUUGAAAAAGAUUUUUUUGAUAUUGUUUUAAGCAGUCUAAGCCUUCAUUGGGUAAAUGACUUGCCUGGGGUGUUAAAAAAGGUUUUAUCAUGUUUAAAAGAAGAUGGUGUUUUCCUGGGAGCAAUGUUUGGUGGUGAAACACUUUUUGAAUUACGCACUGCUUUGCAGUUGGCUGAGAUUGAACAGGAGGGUGGAUUUGCGCCACAUAUAUCACCAUUUGCACAGAUGAGAGACUGUGGUAAUCUCUUGACACGAGCUGGAUUCAACUUAACAACUGUGGAUUUUGAUGAAAUAACAGUUGAUUAUCCUACCAUAAAUCACUUGAUGCAGGAUUUAAAAGGAAUGGGAGAAAGCAAUGCUUCUUGGAAUAGAAAAAGUUAUCUACGAAGAAAAACUAUUGAAGCAGCAUCUAGGAUUUACAAAGAGUACUACGGCAAUGCUGAUGGCAGUAUCCCGGCAACAUACCAAAUUCUGUAUAUGAUUGGAUGGAAACCUUCUACUACUCAGGCCAAGCCAUUGGAAAGGGGAUCUGCCAAUGUCAGUUUGAAAGAUCUCGGCAGUAUGAUAAAAGAUCUUCCAAAGAAGCCAUCUUAGUUCAGAAUCUUCUAAAAAUAUUUAAGUGACAGCCUGCAAUCUUCGAAAGUGUGCAUGGUGCCUGAGAGUGUUAUAAACUCGAAGAUAUAAAACUUUUACCGAUUCCACCUGUGUCAAGAUUUUACAGAAACUCUGCAAUUUCAUGAACUAAUUUAUCAUUACGAAAAGUUUUUAUUAAGAAUCCAGACGAGAAUCCGUUUUAUAGUAAGAAUAAUUUUUGAGUAAGAAAACUAACAAUUGGAACAUUCUUGUGGCACCAGAAGAAAAGUUGGUUCAUGUUUUCUGUGCUAUUCAUGAAGAACGUUAUAUAUUUUGCGAAUAGAUACUGCCCACAAGUAUUUCUGUUUAGUUGCUGAUGUUAAUUAUGCGUGAAUAAUUUACCUGAUCACACUAUUUAUAAUGAUUUAGGACAAAUGUCAAUGAUUUAGGAGCAUUACUCCUUCCUAUAUUCAUAAAAAAUUAAAUGCCAGAAACCCAUUGCCACUUCUUCGUCACAAUACAUUUACUUGUUAGUUAUUUCAUUCUUUGUAAAUGGUAUUCUAGACAAUCCUUCACAUGUUUCUUUUCAACCGCCAGAAUGCAAGUCCCUUUUGUUUGUACAGGCAAACUUCGUAUAGCUUUUCUUUGUUAUUUCUUAAAUGUUUUAGUUUGCAAUUCUAAACAUUUCUUAAUCACCAUGCUUCAUUUAAUUUUGAUGACAUGCAAGCUGCCCAAUGCUUAAUCUCAAAAUUUUGUUUAGAAAUGCAAGAAAAAGCUAAGUUUUUUUAGCUUUGAAUAGGUCAGGUAU